AUGCAGUUAGAUCUUGCAAGAGUCGUACCUUCCGGACGGGAGCAAGAGCUGGAAGACAAGCUCAGAAAUCUGGAGGAGCGUUCAGGAUGGAGAGUUCGACUCCUCACUCGGCCAGGACCCAAAGCUGGGCCCUCCGAAGACGAAAUUAGAGCAGGCUGGCAGCUUGACUCAAGGUCUUCGCUGAUUGUCGUAGACCCCACCAGCCCCAACAUCUUGCAAUUUCGGAGCGGCGCAGAGGUGAACAGAUUGCUGUCCCGGACAUUCUUUGUGGAGCUCCAGUCGCGCUACGGCAACCUCUUUUAUGUUAGGGAAGAGGGGGAGGCUGCAGCAGUAAUGAGCACAGUGGAUGCUCUGGUGGAGUGUCUGGAGAGGCCGGGUGGGUGUGCAGUAGUGCCCGGGCUGCCCCCAAACCAGUACCAGCUCACGCUCAUCACGUCAGUCAUCGGCGGCUUCAUUGCGGGCUAUGCUUCUAGACUGCAGCCUGAAGGGAUUGUGCAAAGGAAAUGGAUUUGGAUUUUGCUGUUCUCGCCAUUGUGGGGGACGCUGUUCGUUAGCUUUGGCAUCGGUCCAAUUGUGACCAGGACUUCAGACCGGAUACCAGUGCUCAUGAAUACGGCUGCCUUCCUUGCGGCUGCGCUGGUCUUCCGGCUGUCACCGCUGUUCAAAUCAAUUUGUAACGCUGAUUAG